CCAGGCUGGAGGCUAGGAGUUAGAGAGCUCCUAGACCCGGGCAGGAGCUGGAAGGGAUCGGGAUGGUACUUUGAAUGACCUGCUUCUGCUCCCCUUGUUACCAGCCAGGAGGCAGAAGAUCCCGCUGCUCCAGGAAAGGCCUACUGCCCCUGAGCUUCCAGAAACUACCUCAUAUGAGCUUGGGGGAUCAGGCUGACUAUGGCUCUUGUAUUCAUCAUCCUGCUGCUACUGGCUCUGUGUGGAUAUCAGCCUGUGUCCACAGACACUCCUGCUGCUUUGAUUUAUGAAUUGCCUACCCCAGAAUAUGAGACCCAAGACACCUUCAAUGCCUGGACUAUUGGCCCUCUCUACCAAAUGGUGCACAGCUUCCUCGAUGUGGUCCAGCCGCAUGACUUCCCCAUAGAUAUGAUCAGAAAAAUCAUACAGAAGAACUUUGACCUCUCAGUUGAUUCCAAGGAGAUUGCCUACUAUGAAAUUGGAGUUCUUAUCUGCGUCUUCCUGGGACUGCUGUUCAUUAUCCUCAUGCCUCUGGUGGGCUACUUCUUUUGUUUGUGCCGUUGCUGUAACAAAUGUGGCGGGGAAAUGCACCAGCAGCAGAAGCAGAACGAGCGGUACCGGAGGAAACGCCUUGGCAGCUCCCUCUUGGUGAUUUGUCUGCUCAUGAGCCUUGGCAUCAUAUGUGGCUUUGUGGCCAACCACCAGAUAAGAACUCUGACUGAAAAGACCAAGAAACUGGAAGAGAGCAAUUAUAGAGACUUGCAAAUGCUCCUGGCUGAAACCCCAAAGGAAAUUAACUAUAUAUUGGUUCAGUAUACCACCACCAAGACGAAGGUAUUCUCAGACCUGGAUGGUAUCGGCAUCUUGCUGGGAGGCAGGAUAAAAGACCAACUAAGACCCACAGUAAUCCCUGUUCUCGAUGAGAUUAAAGCCAUGGCGACAGUCAUCAAAGAGACCAAGUAUGCCCUGCAGGACAUGAGCAGCACCCUGGACAGUCUACAAAAUGGAAGCAUACAGCUCGUUACCAACCUGACUACUGUGAGAAAUAACAUAGAGAAUUCACUCAGCAGCAAGGAAUGUGCUUCACCCCCAGCCAACAAGAUCUGUGAUAGUGUCAAACCUGGACUAAGCAAUCUGAGGAGCAACCACAUUCAGCUCCCAUCUGUGGAUAGAGAACUCAACGCUGUCAACGACGUCUACAGGACUGAUCUGGAGAGCCUCGUCCAAAGGGGGUACAUGCGGCUUGAUAAAAUACCAGAUACAAUACAAGAGGAAACUGCAGUUUCCAUCUCAGAAUUCAAAACGGCCUCGGAUUCUAUCAGCUCUUUCGUUAUGAAUAUGACCCAAAGUGUUCCUAUUGAUGUGGUUCUGUCUGGGCUCUCCCGUUACCUUAAUGACAGCAACAGUUACUUCCACAAGAAGCUGCCCGAACUGGAAGAAUAUGACUCAUACUUGUGGCUGGGUAGCUUGAUUGUCUGCUUCCUGCUGACCCUCAUUGCGACUUUCUUUUUCCUGGGCUUGUUCUGUGGUGUAUUUGGCUAUAACAAGCGUGCCACCCCAACUGGAAGAGGCUGCAUGUCCAACACUGGAGGCAUCUUCCUCAUGGUAGGGGUUGGAUUCAGCUUCCUUUUUUGCUGGAUAAUGAUGAUCCUUGUCGUUUUGACUUUUGUCGUUGGUGUAAAUGUGGAAAAGUUGCUCUGUGAACCUUAUGCAAACAAGAAGUUAUUACAGGUUUUGGACACUCCCUACCUGCUCAACGAAAAAUGGCAGUUCUAUCUUUCUGGCUUGAUACUCUUUAAUCCAAACAUUAACCUGACGUUCGAUCAAGUUUACAGGGAUUGCAAAAGUGGUCGAGGUGUGUAUGCUACUUUUCGGCUUGAGAAUGUCUUCAACAUCAGUAACAAUUUCAACAUUAACAAGCAUACUGGAGACAUAAGGAAUAAGUUGGAAAACCUGAAUGUGAAUGUCAGUAGCUUUGAACUGUUGGAUGAUGCAGGAAGGAAAAGCCUUGAGGACUUUGCACUUUCUGGGAUAGAUGCAAUCAGUUAUUCCACAUACUUGAAAGAGGCUGAGAAACCUCCUACCCAAGUGGAUCUUCUGACAUUUGCCUCUUCUCUAGAAGCAAAAGCAAACCAGUUGCCUGAAGGAAACAUGAAACAGGCCUGGAAAGCGGAUGUAGAGCAUAUUAGAGCCAUCCACCAGCACCAAGUACUUCCUCUGCAGCAAUUAUUGAAUACUUUAAAACAAAGAGUCCAGAUACUUGAGCACAAGAGUGAUAAGUUGCUGGAGAGAGUGAACAAAAUCCUCAAGUCUUUGGAUUCUGCUCAGAAUUUCAUCACCAAAAAUAUUUCCUCCAUCGUUAUGGAAGAAACAAAGAAGUUUGGGAAAACAAUAGCAGACUACUUUGAACACUAUCUGCAGUGGGUCAUAUACGCCAUCACAGAGAAGAUGACACCCUGCAAGCCCGUGGCCACCGCAAUGGACUCUGCUGUUAAUGGCAUUCUGUGUCACUAUUUUGCUGACCCUCUGAAUUUGUUCUGGUUCGGCACAGGAGAAGCUACCGUGCUCUUACUUCCUGCUGUAAUCAUCGCCGUCAAGCUGGCCAAGUACUAUCGCAGGAUGGAUUCAGAGGACAUAUAUGAUGAUGUUGAGACUGUACCCAUGAAAAAUUUGGAAAACGGUAGUAAUGGUUAUCAUAAAGAUCAUUUAUAUGGUGUUCACAACCCUGUUAUGACAAGCUCAUCUCGAUACUGACAACUGCUUGAGCAUCAAGACAGUCAAGAUGGAAAUCACCCUGGACUCUGGAUAGUUUUUGACUCUUCUCAAACCUUGCAAGUGCAGAAGAAAGCAUAGCGGCAAAUGUGGAGACUCAGGCGGGCCCUGAGAACACAGCCCCAGUGGUUUCAGGGUUGUGCUUUGUCAGGAAUGAACAGUUACGAUGGUAAUCCACGUUCUCCGCUGUUCUGUUUUUUAACUUUUUUUUUUUUACACUGAAUUUCUAUUUAGACACUAAAACAUAUGGGGGCGCUUGUUCCCCUGGAUACAGAUACAUUUAUUUGUGAGCCAGCUAUUCAGAUGUCAUAGCUGGGUACCUAACUUACUUCCGUAUGUGAAGUGUGCUAAACACAAACCAGUUUACAGAGAAAAGAUGUAUUUUGUUAAUAAUAAAUUGUAUAUACACCUUCUUACCACAAUCAGUUUUUUAAACAAAUGAGCACUCUAGAUUGUUUUUUUUUUUUUUUUUUUUU